UUCUUAGCUAUAAUCUUCUUUCCUGCUCUCUUUCUUCCCCCAUUGCACUUUCCUUCCUUCCUCACUCACGCUUCCCCUCUACCUUGUCUAUCUCCACUUCCAACCCACAAUCUCACCAAAACAACUCGGCGCAGUCAUCAAUUGCCAGCAGCUCUUACACAUCAGCUUUCUCCCUCUGCGCGACCCUCGUAGCGAUCAAAACGCCGCUGCUCCCGUAAGCAUACAAUAAGCGGUCGCGGAAACCUCGGGAUUUUAUCUUUUUUCUUUCCUACUUGACACGAGCGAUCUGCAUAUAUCCACAAACAAACUCGACACGAGCGAGUUUUGAGAACCUGAGAAACUACCCAUUUUCAUCUCCGGACACACGACGCAACAAUGUCCAACCAAGGAUACUACCAGGGCGCUCCUCAGUACCCCCAGCAAAGCUAUGGCCCUCCUCAAGGCGCCAACUACGGCCCUCCACCUCCACAACAAAUGAUGUACGGACCUCCACAGGGCCAGGCCCCACCGCCUCAGAAAGAGAAGAAGGACAGGGGAUGUUUGGCUGCUUGUCUGGCCACCCUAUGCUGUUGUUUCCUGUGCGAGGAGAGUUGCGAAUGUUGUCUUGAAUGCUGCGAGUGUUGCGCAGAUUGCUGCUAGAUGGCGUUUCGAUGCGGUGUGCGAUGAGACUGGAGGAAUGAACGGGGUUUCAAUCGAUUGGUGCCAUGGGGAAGUCAUCAAGUCUGGAUUAUGGCUUUCGACGAUUGAGGACGCAUCCCCAAGGUGAUGUGAUGUCUUCAUUUGCGUUUCUGUUUUAUCAUUCAAGGAUACAUAUUGCUUUGUUCUAGGGGGAAAGAUACCUUUGUACUUGUUUUUUUUACACUUUUCUCAUAUGUAACACAAGUUCACGGUUUACUCCGGUGAAUCCUAUAUUACAAUCCGUUUCUGACGUCAAUGGAUAGCUGUUGAACUGUCGCGCGAGUGGCUGUUCAUCUCUUGUUUACCGGCUCCUUUCAGUAAUUUAUCUUACCGCAAUAUUCUGCAUAUUUGCUCUCCCAUGCUGGAUGUCCAAUCACACAUUUAUCAAUUGAACG